CAGGAGCGUCAGUGUAGCGGAGUUGAACGGCGGCGAGCUCAGCGCGGUUUUAGUUGUUUCUGGCGUGGUUACGGCCAACAGUAACCCAUUCUGUAACAGAUGGAGCCUGAACAUGGGUCUGCUGAUGGGGAGCCAGCCCAAAGAAAGGAGGAAGAGGAGGACGGCACAGAGCAGACAGGGCUGGAGGAGACUCCUAAUAGUGCCCACGUUUCAGAUUCCCAGGAGCCUCACAGCCCCGAGUCUUAUAGGGUCAACUCUGCUGAUGAGCUUCGACUGUUGGCCAUGGCAGAAAUCUUCCAGCGUCAGUAUUUUGUCCUGUUUCCUGACCGCAAAUCACUGCUGCUCUGUCCCGUAAAUGAAUGUGGUGUCAAGAAGUUUGUGUCCACAACUCUUCGGCCCACGAUGACAGGCCACAUAGAACUUUGCAAGUGGAAGGGAUGCGCCUCGUUUGUGGCUGACUUCCUGUCCCUGAACCCUCUGGAGCCACCUGAGGACCUGCCCAGGCAGUUGUCGUCCUCCACCUCGGUGCUGCGCAGUCGGAGAGCCAACUGUUUUGAGUCUGCCUCACUGCUGUGCAGCCUGCUGCUCGGCCUCAACUACGACGCCUACUGCGUCAGCGGCUACGCCAUCAAAGAGAUGUGUCAGCUUGACCAGAGUUUGCAGAAGUGUCUGCCCGACACUGAGACGUCUAAACAGGAGCAGAACAAAUACAAAGUGAAGCCUCGGACGGACCUGAAGAGUCUGUUUUUGAUGGCGCAGGAGAAGAUGAAGCAGGACGCUGGAGCGGUGUUGCCUCAGAAACAGAAGCAACAAGAGGGUGGUGAGCAGCGGCUUGUGGAGUCCCUGCAUGGCCUGCGGGUACACUGCUGGGUGUUGGUCCUGUCCGGGAGCCACAGUGUGGAGGAAAACUUCUUCAUCGAUCCUCUCACCGGGAACAGCUACUCAACAGACAGCAACAACUUCCUGGGCAUUGAAACUGUGUGGAACAAUUUGAACUGCUACGUUAACCUGCAGGACUGCAGCAACGGCUGCGCUGAGAUGAGGUUUGACUUGGAGGAUUUAAAUAUGUGGCAGCCGGUCUUGAAUGGGGCUGUCAGCAUGAAGCAGUUGAAGCUUGAUGUCCUGAAGAGAAAAGAGGACAAGAUGAUGGGAAAAGAGGACAAGAUGAUGGGCAAAGAGGACAAGAUGAUGGGAAACAUCAAUGAAGAGGAGGUACUUAAGGAGGAAACAGAAUAUCUGGGUGCUCCUGCCGGCGCCUCCUUCAGGAAGGAGGAGCAGCCCAGAGUUUUUGAGAUGCCGAGAUCCUGGAUCAGUAACAUCACCAUCUCAAAAAAAGACCUGGAGAUGAGCUGGCAGGGGGGACAGAAGGUGACCUGGUACAAAAAAGGAAAGCUGGAACUAUACGCAACAUGUCUGAACGCAGAUGGUCUUGUCAAAAGACUGACCACGUACAAGGACCAGGACUGCACUGAAGUCGCUGUGGUGAAGGAGCAGUACAAACACAGAAGGGACAACCUGGAGGAGAGAGAGCUCAACAAACUAGAAAACUUCACCUCAGAACGCUUCAGGUUUAAAGGAUGCUUCCACCUUUCAUUCCACAGAUGGACGUCCCUGACAACAGGCGGCACCGAGCGAGAGAUGCAUUUCAGCAGCACUCAUUUCCACAACCUGGUUCGGAGGGUGCUGUUAGGGAGCGAGAUGAAGGAAUUCUUCGAGGGCCGGAGCGACUUCCUGUGCUACCGACACGUCUUCUUUGAUCGGCCGGUAGAGUCUGUGGACCUCAGUCAUCAGGUCACCGGGCUGGAGACUCUGAAUGUUCUGAAAGUGGUGGAGUGUUUCCACAGGAACGCAUCCAUACCAGCCAAUCAAGACGUGGCACGCCAAGUUUUCGUGUUGCCUCCGAAACGCAUCAAGGUGACGUAUUGGUCUAUGAUGGAUCACCGUCUCAAUCACUCAAAGAGACGCUUCACAAAGCCAGAAGUAGGCUACCGGAUGACGAUGGAUGACGUAUUCCAGGUAGACCAGCCAGAGCAAGUUAUUAAGACCAGGACUCUGGAAAGGAUGCUUGUCCUCUUCAUGACUGAAGAGGACAGGAAGGCUGUCCAGAUCAAAUGUUCCCUGAAAGAGGUCAAAGACAUUUUGGCCUGCCGAGAGCAGCAGGAGAGGGACAUUGAGCUUCUGAAUCCAAACCAAGCAGCUGCACUGCCCCACAAAAACAAGAAGGAACUGGAGGAGCCGAGGCAGCUGCAGGACAUGGAGGACCCCCUGGCUCCUUUUCUGAUCCGACUCAGCAACCCAGAGACUCUGAAUCCUGAAGAGGCCAAGCAGCUCUACGAGUGUUGCCUAUUUGAGUUUAAAUCAAGGAUGAUGGAGCAGACCAAACUCAUGCAGCAACACUAUGAAAAGGAGACAAAAGAGCUGCAGGAGAAACAGAAGUGGUACCAGCAGAACCACCUCACCAUGACCAGGCAGGCGGUAGACGAUUAUCAGAGGUUCUGUUCUGAGAAAACACGCCAAAUAUGUGUCACCCAGACUCGGAUCAACAGGCACGAGAAGGUAGCAAAUGACAAAUACAAUGCUCUUAAGCAGAAGCUGCAACAAGACCCCCGACUUGUCCUUCACCUUUAAAGGACAGUCUUUGAAUCUAUCUGGAACCUGUCAAAUGAACACAUCUAUAGAUGUAUGAUCCAGAUCACCCCUGUCUUUUUAUCAUCUUAUAAAAUGAGAAAAGAUUUGCCCUGCAAAGGAAAAUGUGUCUUUAAGAUUAAAAACUCACACAGCUGCUUGAGUCAUCCCAACAUCUCUUUUGCUCUUUUUUAUUUAUUUUUUUUAUUUGUUUUGUUUGCUUUUACCUAUCUCAGUUUACUUUUGCAUGCCCGUAGUUGUAUUGUUUUUUUUUUUGUCUGCCCUAGUGGGAUGUUUGUCUAUGCCAAGGGUCUG